GUGAAAAAAUGAAUGGGGUUUUGAAAAACCGUAUUGUCAAGAUUUGCCAACAUACGGGUCUAAACUGGAUAGCGGCGCUCCCUUUGGCGUUAAUGGUGUGUCGCUCAAGUGAGCUGCGUGAUUUACGUAUAACGCCCCAUGAAUUGGUCACAGGAAGACGGAUGCCUACGCCUUGUUUACGAACAAGUGGCAAGGGUCCAAGUUUGGCUCUUUUGGAAGACGAAAUGAGAGCGUAUGUCACGUACAUGGCCAAUUUCCAUAAAAAGUUGUCCACAUAUGUUUCUGACAGCCAAAGAAAAGAAGAAGUGCAGGAGAAGCUCGAUGAGCAAAAAAGGAGCACAGUGCAACCUGGGGACAAGGUGUUCGUGAAGGUCUUUAGGAGGAAGUGGUAUAACGAACGCCGUGAGGGACCAUUUGAAGUGGUUCGUAGUACUGGAACAGCUGUCCAAGUUAAAGGGUCUCCAACGUGGUAUCAUUUAUCACAUUGUGUUAAAGCGCCUAGUGAAGAGGUGCCGCGGGUGGAUAGCCAAGAUGGUGAAGGCUCAAGAGAGCUGGAUGACAAUAGGGAAGAACAGGCAGAAGGAGAGAUGCAUGACAACAUCCAGAACCAAAACCCAGAAGGGGAUAUUGUACAUUCAGUGGACAAUGUUGGUAAUCAUGUGCACACUUUUGAUGAUGCCAGAUAUGACUCUGCAAUUGAUGGAGAGGAAAGGAGAGUUGGGGACAUUGGUUUUCAAUAUGUCCCAGAAUCAGCAGGGCCUAUUUUAGUGGAAGGGGAAGUCGCAGAGGUCACCAAGGGCUGCAUCUCUGUUACAGGAGAAGCCAGUGUUCCACUUAGACAAAACAGCCCCAGACCAGUUCGGAAAAGAGUCAGACCAAAACGAUACGAAAACGUUACAGAAGAGGGAAGCUACAUGGAAGGCAUAUGGGUUUGAUUCUUCUGUUUUGAAAAUUACAGAUGGCUGGGCAGGUAGGAAUUUAUGGUUCCAGCAGUUAACUCAUUCUGUAAGAUCAGUUAAGAAAUUAGAUGGUCCAUGUCUGUUGAAAGUUCCCGCACCAGGCACGUGGGAUUCAAUUUUAGAGACAGUGGCCCAACCUCUAUCCGUUAUGUGCCAAUCUUAUGCUUUAUCAUGGCUGUCGUAUCAGCAACAAUCGUCAACAGAUAUAGUGAUGUCGUGGUCGUCGCAGUUGUUUAGACCUAGACUUAAUUGUUCUUGGAUAAAUGAAUUACCCUAUGUGAAUUUGUUAGAUCAGAAGGAAAAUAAGUUAACGGCAAUUCCUGAAGCAAUGGAGGUAAGACCUGUGAGGGCUAGUAGCUGUUUUUGCUCAAAUAAGACGUAUGAUGGGCCAGGGAUGUUUAUGGGAAUAUCAGAGUGUGAUGAGUAUAUGAUGUCUUUGGAUAAGCAUGACCGUAAGGUUAGAGGAAACAGAUACGAAGUAACUUUUGCUGUGCCAUCUAGUAAGAAGGGAAGGACUUUGAUGGUAAGAGAUCAGCUUUUGCCUGGCAAUGUGACGAUAGGGAAUUUUCAAGAUAUUUGGUGGGUUUGUGGUGAUAAGGCAUAUAUAUUCUUAUCUUAUGGAUAGGAUGUUGUUACAUGGCGACGCUAAAACUUCCGUAUGAGGUGUUUACAAUCCAUAAAGGGGAGACACCUGCUAUAGCUCAUUCUGAUCCGGGGGUCGGAAAUAGGGUGAAAAGGAGCAUGGCACAAUUUCAUAAUCUUGAAGCCUACCAUUGGAGGAUAAGUCUAGGUGAGAAGUGGGGACUUGGACUUUUUCCAUGGUAUGGUUUAACUUUUUUGGCAGAUCAUAUUGAUAAUAUUACUUAUACUUUGCAGGGAUUUGCAAAUGAAACUAUACGAGGGUUUAAUCUUCUGUCAAAUACUCAAAGAAGUCACAGACUGACAUUGUUGAAACAUGACAUGGCUCUUGACUAUAUUUUAGCCAAACAAGGAGGUUUGUGU